AUGUCUUACAAUCGUCGUGAUCGAGGUUCCCCAGAAACAGAUAUAAACAUAUUAUUAUUAGGUGAAACUGGUAUUGGUAAAACAACAUUUGUUAAUGCAUUUCUUAAUUGUCUAUUUUAUAAUACACUUGAUGACGCAUUAAAUGGUGAAUUAAAAUUUUUAAUCCCUUCUGCAUUUACAGUAACAGACAAUGAAACAUUUGAUAGUACAAAAAUUCUUGUUGGAACGCCAAAUGAUAAUGAAAAUUGUGAAGUUGAUGGACAAUCAUCAACUCAGUCAUGUCGAAGUUAUAUAUUUACAAUAGGCAAUCGGUCAAUACGUUUAAUUGAUGGACCAGGUGUUGGUGAUACUCGAAGUGUUGAUCAUGAAGCAAGAAAUUUUGAACAUAUUCUUAGUUAUAUAAGUAAUUAUGAACAUUUAAAUGGAAUUUGUAUUCUACUUAAACCAGCAGUAACACGAUUAAAUAUUUUUUUUCGUUAUUGUAUUAAAGAAUUAUUAAGACAUUUACAUGUUAAUGCAAAAGAUAAUAUUAUGUUUGUAUUUACAAAUUCACGAUCAACAUUUUAUCGACCAGGUGAAACAACAACAAUAUUAAAAGUUCUUCUUAGAGAGCUUCAUGAAAAGAGUGGUGUUAAAGUUCCAUUUAGUAUGGAAAAUACAUUUAUGUUUGAUAAUGAAUCAUUUCGUUUUUUAGCUGUUUGUAAACAAGGUUUAAAUUUUUUAAUGAAAGAUAAAAAAAAUUACGGUGAAAGUUGGAAGAAAUCUGUCGAAGAAUUUUCUCGUCUAAUUAUUCGUAUUCUUCAAUGUGAUCUUCAUGCUAUUAAAGAUAUGCAAUCAUUAAAUGAAGUUCAAUUAUUAAUACAUAAACUUUCUCGACCAGUAGCUGAAAUUGUUACACUUAUUCAAGAAAAUAUUUUAAUGGCUAAACAAUAUAAAGAAAAAAUUUUAAAUAAUUCAACAAAUCAAGUUUCAAAUAAAAUUCCACAAAAAACUGGAAAAUUUAUUCCACUUCAACAAAGACUUACUGUUUGUGUUAAUGAAAAAUGUACCGAAAUUAUUAAUGUUAAUGGUGAACAACGAAUUGAUUAUAAAAGUAAUUGUCAUGUUGGUUGUUCAUUACAUAAAGUUGUACAAGAAUGUAUUGGCCAUCCAAUUAUUAAACGAUGUCGAGCACUUAGACAAACAGGUUCAUGUCGAAAUUGUGGUUGUUCUUGGACAAAACACAUGCAUAUAACAUAUAAAUAUGAAAGAAAUUUAACAUAUAUUGAAAUAAAUAAUUCUAAUUCAUUACAAACACCUCAAUCAAUUAUGACAAUAAUUGAUAAAAGAAUAACGGAUUUAAGAAAUGAAGAAAAAGCAAUAAGAAAAAUUUGUGUUAAACUUUCACAAUUUUUAAAACAAAAUUCAAUAACACCAUUUAAUGAUGAUAUUAUUGAAUAUCUUCAACAUUUUAUUAAUGAAGAAAAACAAAAAAAAUCAACAGGAAUUGAUAAUACAGAUAUUAUUAAAGGUUUAGAACAAAUGAUUAAAGAUUAUACAGAAGAAUUUAAUUUAUAUACGUCAAGUAUUUCUUCACAAAAUAAUUCAACAUCAACAGAUCGAUUUGAUAAUACUGCACAAAUUGAAGAAAUGUUUAGUUUAGUACAAAAACUUUAUGAUUUACCAAUAAAUGGAAAAUUAAUUGAAGAACAAGUUAGACGAAUGAAAGAAGGUCGAGCACAAGCAACUAAAAGUGAUGAACAAUUUGUUGAUUUACCAACAGGUUAUAAUUCUCCAGAUAUUCUUAAUAAUUUAAAAGAUAUUGUUAAUCGUAAAAACAGAUAG